AUGUCUUCUUUGGAGUUAUUUGCUGAUAAGGGCAACAAUCUUUUAAGUCUUGUUAAUAAUUUAAAAUUAUCAAUUGCUUCUCAGGUUUAUCAACCAAAAUUGGCUGUUACAAUCAGUGAAGAAGAUAUUUCAGUUGAAUUAAAGGAUAAAAAGACCGGAUUUCAAUUGAAUGAAGCCAAUGCCAUUGUUAAGUACUUAGCUGGUGAUUUUACAAGCCAUCCAGCUAUUAAUUUUGAAGAAUUACUUGUUUAUAAAGCCCUUAAAUCCAACAAGAAGGAAAAUGUUAUUAAAGUAGCUACUGAAGAAGUGAAGUCAUUUUUUGGAAAGGCCGAAAUGAAAGCUGCCCAAAUAAUCUUAUUUUCAGCUUUAUAUCCUGCUUUUAUCGAUUCUAAAGAUGAAAAUGUCUUGAGUGAUUGGAUUUCAGAAUUUGCCAAAUUACCAGAAGUUUCAAAAGCUAUUGAACAUGCUUCAUCAAUCACCAAGUUAGAAAGAGUUAAAGAAACAAAUACUGGUGCUCAAAAAGUUAGAACUGGUCAUUUAGUCAAAGAUCAAGGAUCAAGAAUUUUACCAAAAGACAAUGAAAGAAACAUUUUAAUUACAUCAGCUUUACCAUAUGUUAAUAACGUUCCACAUUUGGGUAAUAUUGUUGGUUCAGUUUUGUCAGCAGAUAUAUACGCUCGUUAUGUGAAAAAUAGAAAUUAUAAUGCUAUCUUUAUUUCCGGUACUGAUGAAUAUGGUACUGCUACUGAAACUAAAGCAUUAGAAGAUAAAGUGACUCCACAAGAGUUAUGUGAUAAAUAUCAUAAGAUUCAUAAAGAAGUUUACGAUUGGUUUGAUAUUGAAUUUGAUUAUUUCGGUAGAACUACUACUGAAUUACAAACUGAAAUUGCUCAAGAUAUCUUUAUGAAAUUAUAUAAUAACAAUUAUUUAGAGGAACAAACUACUGAACAAUUAUACUGUGAAGUUCACAAAGCCUUCUUAGCCGAUAGAUACGUUGAAGGUACUUGUCCAAAAUGUUCUUAUGAUGAUGCAAGAGGAGAUCAAUGUGAUAAAUGUGGUAGUUUAUUAGAUCCAUUUGAAUUAAUUAAACCACGUUGUAAACUUGAUAAUGCAUCACCUGUUCCCAAAAAAUCUACUCAUAUUUAUCUUAAAUUAAACGAUUUAGAAGAACAAGAGAAAAAAUGGGUUGAAGAAGCGUCUGAAAAGGGAUCAUGGUCAAAGAAUUCCAAGACUAUUACUGGUUCAUGGUUAAAACAAGGUUUAGAACCAAGAUGUAUUACUAGAGAUUUAGUUUGGGGUACCCCAGUACCAUUAGACAAAUUUAAAGAUAAGGUUCUAUAUGUUUGGUUUGAUGCCACUAUUGGAUAUGUUUCAAUUACUGCUAAUUAUUUUAAAGAUAAAGGAGCAGAAGAUUGGAAGAAAUGGUGGUUCAACCCAGAAAAAGUUGAUUUGUAUCAAUUUAUGGGUAAAGAUAAUGUUCCAUUCCAUACUGUUGUUUUCCCAUCUACUCAAAUCGGUACUGGUGAUAAUUGGACUAAAUUACAUCAUAUUAAUACUACUGAAUAUUUACAAUAUGAAGAUGGUAAAUUUUCGAAAUCUCGUGGAGUUGGUGUCUUUGGUAAUAAUGCUAAAGAUACCGGUAUUUCACCAUCAGUUUGGAGAUACUAUUUAACGUCAGUCAGACCAGAAACUUCUGACUCCCAUUUCUCGUGGAAAGAAUUUGUCACCAAAAAUAACAGUGAGUUAUUAGCAAACUUGGGUAAUUUUGUCAAUAGGUUAGUCAAAUUUGCCAUUGCCAAAUAUAACGGUGUUAUCCCCAAUUAUAACCCAAGUGAUAUUCCAGGUUAUAAAGAUUUUGAAAAUGAUAUUAAUACUUUAUUAAAAUCUUAUAUUGAUACAAUGGAAUCAGUUAAUUUACGUCGUGGUUUGGAAAUUGCAAUGGCAAUUUCUGCUCGUGGUAACCAAUUCUUACAAGAUAAUAAAUUAGAUAAUUCCUUAUAUAACAAUUCUCCAAAUAAAUCGGAUGCUGUUGUUGCCGUUGGAUUGAACUUGAUUUACUUGGUUAGUGCAGUCAUUUCUCCUUUCAUGCCCCAAACCAGAACUCAAAUCUCCCAAAUCUUGAACGCUCCUCCUUUAUCCAUCACCGACAAAUUCGAAUUAGUCUUGGAACCCGGUCACAACAUUGGUAAGGCCCAAUACUUAUUCCAAAGAAUCGAUGAAAAGAAAGUCGAUGAAUGGAGAAAAUUGUACGGUGGUCAACAAAAGAAAUAA